GUUGUCGUUACUUGGAUACGUGCGCGCAUGUGUUUCUGUGUAUCGUAAUCAAAAUGAAUGAAGUUGCAAGUCGCGCAUGUUCACUUUCCUCAAUCGAGGAAUCUUUGGCCAAGCAGUUGUCUAAGGUUCAUCUUGAACAAAUAAACAAACAAAAGUUGCGUCAAAGAAUCAGGAAUGAAAGCGUUGAACUUCGUGAACUUGAAAAUAAACUACGAAGUGCUUAUAUAGCUAAAGAACAACUUGCACAAAUGGCUGAAAAACGUGCUCUUGCUUAUGACUUGAUGACUGAAGAAGCUUUACAAGCUCAUCAGUUGACUUCACAACUUGGCGAUGAUUUGAUUAGAGCGGAAGAAGCAGAAAAUCGUCGAAAACAAUCACAAAUCCAACUACGAAAUGAAUUGGAUGCGCAAAUACUGGAACAAGCAGAGUUACGGAAAAAGGCUUAUGAGGAAUUUUUACAUGAUAAGCAAAUGGUUGAUGAAGCUGCCAGGCGAAUAAAACAAGAAGAUGAAUAUGAACAGCAAAAACUUCAAAAAAGCAAAGCAUUAAUUCGUCAAGAAAUUGAUCAGCAUCAAAAAGAACGUGAAGAAUAUUUGAAAGUUGAGAAAGAAAAUCUUCAAAAAGAAUUAGAAGCAAUCAAUGCGUAUACAGCUAGAAAAAACAAUGAACAACAAUCGAUUAAAGCUGCAGUGAAAGCAAGACAAGAACAUAUUGAAAAAUUACAAAAUGAAUUAGGCAAAAAAUUAUUAGAAAAAGAACGAGAACGCAAUGAACUGGAAGAAAUACGUCAAACAUUGGUAUGGGCAGAAAAUGAGAAAAAGAUUAGAGAAGAACAAGAAAAUCAAUGGACUACAAAGUUAACUAAUCAACACUUACUCUAUGAAGAUUAUAAAGCACAACUUUUAUUGAGAGAAAAACAAAAACAAAUUGAAAAAGAAGAAGCUUUAAAAAUACGUAAUGAUAUGUUAGCUAAAUUUGAAGAAGACAAACGUCUAGAACAAGCCGAAUUAGAAAAACGUCAUCUUAGACAAAUGGAAUUUGCUAAUGAAGCACAGAAAUUGUUAAUGGAAAAACGUCAACGUAUUCAGCAAGAAUAUGAACAAGCAAGAAACGAUUUGCUUGCAGAAAAACAACGUAUUUUAGAAGAGAAACGUAUUAUUGAAGAAGAAAGACAACAGUUAUUAAGACAACAUGCUAAUAAUUUAUGGAAUCAUUUGCCUAAAGGUAUUUUCCAGUCAAAAGAAGAAUAUGAAUCAAUUAAACAAUCAACUCAAGAAAACUAAACAGAAUUAAAAUAAUCCCUUGCUUUUUUUGUUUGUUUCAAACUAACCAAUCCUGUUACAAAAAAAUGUAUCUUGAAAAAACAAUCAUGUGAUUUAUCAUUAUUAUUAUUUUUAUUAUUAUUAUUA